AUGGGUGUGGAUUGGUUCCGUGGAAGCGGCGGUGGUUCCGCCCCUGUGAGUGCCAGUUUUGCCAUCGUUGGAGGUGUGCUCGCCUUUCACUCUAUAAAUUGGCUUUGCGGAAUGACGCGUCUCGAGAAUCUUGUUGGAUUUGUUCAUCCGAAAUACGAAAAAGUCGAGAAGGUUUUCAGAAAAAACUUUCACGAUGGAUGGGAAAGAGAAGGAGCUGCAAUUGCCGUCUACCAUAAAGGAGAACUGAUCGUGGAUCUACAGGGUGGUUAUGCUGACAAAUCGUCGGGACGAAAAUGGACACCAGAAACGAGGACCGUGGUUUUUAGCGCGACAAAGGUAUGUCACGACUUCACGCUUAGCGCUUGA